AUGGCCGCAAACAUUACCGUAAACCGUUGGCGCAUCAUUGCCAGUAUCGCGGCCACACUUGUCGCUCUCGCCUGCGGAACCAACUAUGUCUACUCUGCCUGGGCUCCGCAGUUUGCACAGCGCCUCAAGUUCUCAGUCACGCAGAGCAAUCUGAUCGGACUCUUUGGCAACCUGGGCAUGUAUACUCUGGGGAUUCCUGUCGGCAUGUUCGUCGAUCACAAAGGUCCCCGCCCUGCUAUUCUUGCCGGGGCAGUCUUACUCGGUGUGGGAUACUUCCCCUUCCACAUCGCAUACGACAGGGGCUCGGCUCAUGUUUCUCUCCUGUGCUUCUUUUCUUACCUGACCGGCUUGGGUGGCUGCAUGGCCUGUUCCGCCGUCGUCAAGAUAUCGGCUCUGAACUGGCCCAACCAUCGCGGAACUGCCACGGCGUUUCCCCUUGCCGCCUUUGGCCUCAGUGCUUUCUUCUUCUCCUCCCUCGGUUCCCUCCUCUUCCCCGGUAACCCGAGCGAUUUCUUGUUGUUGCUGGCGGUUGGUACUUCCUCCAUGACUUUCAUUGGCUUCUUCUUUGCCAAGAUCCAUCCAGAUCCGUCAAGCUCACCAAGCUCCUCCGACGCUGCCUAUACGUCUCUAAACUCGGUUGACCCAGAAAGUCAUCCACAUGGUGAUGAUGAUGAGCCCCUACAGCAUUUACACCCCAGAGAAUUAAGACUACUCCCAGAACCCGGCACGCCGCGCCGGACAUCAGCUGCCAUCAACUCGCACAGUUCUAGCCAAAUCAGCUCUCCUGGUUAUCCCAGUCACAGCAUUGAUUUGGAUGAUGAUCAGGCCCGACUUUCUGUUGACGCCUCUCACACAGACCGCCUUAUCCCCACUUCAGAUAUGCUCGAGUCCGGCCAGUCGCAUGUAGAUAUCCGGGGCCUCAAUCUCAUAAAAGAUCCCACUUUUUGGUUAUUCUUUACCAUCAUGUCGAUUCUAGCAGGGGUCGGCAUCAUGACCAUCAAUAAUAUUGGAAACGACUCCAAGGCUCUGUGGGAGCGAUUUGAUCCGACCGUCACUCAACAUUUCCUCGUUGCAGCCCAGCAGAUGCAUGUUUCCGUCCUGUCCGUAUGCAGUUUCGUGGGCAGACUCAGUAGUGGCGUUGGGUCGGAUUGGCUCGCCAAGAGCUAUGGGGCCAGCCGUGUGUGGUGCCUUGUCAUUGCAACCGUCAUCUUUUUGGCUGCGCAGCUCUGUGCUCUCAAUAUCGAAAACCCUCGCCUCCUUCUUUUCGUCUCAACCCUUUCUGGCCUAGGGUACGGCUUUCUCUUCGGUGUGUUUCCAUCGAUCGUGGCCGAGCAGUUCGGCAUUCACGGAAUGAGUCAGAACUGGGGCUUUCUCACGAUGGCGCCAACCAUCACUUCCAACGUGUUCAACCUCUUUUAUGGACACAUCUAUGACCAACAGGUCACUGUCAAAGAUGAUGGUGAGCGGGUCUGCAUGCAUGGGCUGGGCUGCUACAAGGAUGCGUACUGGCUUACUUUGGCUGCUUGCGCCAUAGGCCUCGGCGUUUGUUUAUGGGUCAUUCAUUAUACCAAGCUUCAAAGAAGCAGGAUAUUUGCCAAGGAAGGGGGACAACUCUAG